AUGGCAGCUUUAGCUGAUUAAGAAGUAAUGAAAAGGCAGAACAUCGAAUUUUAGUAUGGUCAAACAGUAAAAGAAAAAGAUUUUUUGAAUAACCUGAAUCAAUAACUGAUUAAGGAUAAAUCUUCGUUAGAGUAGGAAAGAAAACAUCUUUAGACAGCUUUAACAGAACAGAGAAACUAGAACUAAAAGCUUAGUGAAAAUAUCAUUUAAUACAGAAAAACAAUUGAAACAUAGCAACAUUAACUAGGAUAGUAUUAAUAGUUAGUAAACUAGAAAGAAGUUGAAAAAUCUAUUAUGUAGCAAUAAAUCUCAAUGAUCUCACAGCAGCAAUCUGUUUAAAAUGUCUAAUAACCUUUCAUUGGACAAGAUUAUACGAGUAAUUCAACAUAGAGCACACCAACAUAAGAUUAGAAAAAACCUGAAGAAAUAAUUAUGACAAACAAUUAUCGAACUUUAUCUCCUUAAAAGAAAAUAAACAUCAAAAAAUCAUAAAUAAAAAAUAUCAGUAAUAUCCUGUCUCAAUCGAAUCCUCAAAGUAAUGAUGUUGACAGAAAUUCUUAGCUAAACCCAAACGAUUCAAUAGAAUAACCUAUAGACUCAGAUAAAAUGAUUAAUGACGAUUUAUAAAAACUUAAACUAGAAAAUAAAUCACUUAAGACGAAGAUAAAGAAAGAAGAAGAGACUAGAAAGCACUGGCAAGAUAUUUGCAAAAAGAAGGAAGAAGAGGUAUUUGAGCUGAGAAAGUUUAAUGAAGACAUGAAGAUGCAAGUAGAGCAAGAAAAAACUAGUUCUAAGAGACAUUAGCUUUAACUUUCUGCGAAAUUUGAGAGAGUCAAGGCACUUGAGAAAAAGUUUGGAGUCAAAGAUUUACAUGAGGUUUAAGCCAAGGCUCCUUAGCCUGGUAGAAUAAUAGUAAAUGAUGAGGAAAUUCGAAAUAAGAUGAGCAAUACUGUUACUGGGGGUGUUUUAAUAGGAGAUAAAACUAAAAAAGAUAGAGCAAGAGGUAAAAGUGUAAGAUUCAAGGAGCCAGAGGAAAGUGAUUUAAUCCCUGAUGGAGAGGGAAGGCCAAAAUUAUUUGGAACAGGUGAGUAUUGA